AUGUUCAUGAUCAAAUAUAACAUAAAACCAAAACAAAGAAAAAAGAUAGUUGCAAUGGGUGUGAUUAGAACCUCAAGAACGAUGGGGUUAGGACAGUGCAUGGUUUAUGUUGUCGUCCUAAGUGCCAUUGCGGCUACAGUGACAUCAUACCCUUACACAUCCCCUCAAACUCCACAUUACAAUUCUCCAAGCCAUGAACACAAAAUCCCUAAGUACACACCACAUCCAAAACCAUCUAUUUACAGCUCUUCACCACCUCCAUCAUACUACUCUCCUUCUCCAAAGGUUGAUUACAAGUCUCCACCACCAUCAUACGUUUACAGUUCCCCACCACCACCAUACUACUCUCCGUCUCCAAAGGUUGACUACAAGUCCCUACCACCCCCAUACGUCUACAGUUCCCCACCCCCACCAUACUACUCUCCUUCACCAAAGGUUAACUACAAGUCUCCACCGCCACCAUACGUCUACAGCUCUCCACCACCACCAUACUACAGUCCAUCUCCAAAGGGUGACUACAAGUCUCCACCACCCCCAUACGUCUACAGUUCCCCACCCCCACCAUACUACUCUCCUUCUCCAAAGGUUGACUACAAGUCUCCACCACCACCAUACGUCUACAGCUCCCCACCACCACCAUACUACAGUCCAACUCCAAAGGUUGACUACAAGUCCCCACCACCCCCAUACGUCUACAGCUCCCCACCCCCACCAUACUACAGUCCAUCUCCAAAGGUUGACUACAAGUCUCCACCACCCCCAUACGUGUACAGCUCCCCACCCCCACCAUACUACUCUCCUUCACCAAAGGUUAACUACAAGUCUCCACCACCACCAUACGUCUACGGCUCUCCACCACCACCAUACUACAGUCCAUCUCCAAAGGUUGACUACAAGUCCCCACCACCCCCAUACGUCUACAGUUCCCCACCCCCACCAUACUACUCUCCUUCACCAAAGGUUAACUACAAGUCUCCACCACCACCAUACGUCUACGGCUCUCCACCACCACCAUACUACAGUCCAUCUCCAAAGGUUGACUACAAGUCCCCACCACCCCCAUACGUCUACAGUUCCCCACCCCCACCAUACUACUCUCCUUCUCCAAAGGUUGACUACAAGUCUCCACCACCACCAUACGUUUACAGCUCCACACCACCACCAUACUACAGUCCAUCACCAAAGGUUGACUACAAGUCCCCACCACCCCCAUACGUCUACAGUUCCCCACCCCCACCAUACUACUCUCCUUCUCCAAAGGUUGACUACAAGUCCCCACCACCACCAUACAUCUACAGCUCCACACCACUACCAUACUACAGUCCAUCUCCAAAGGUUGACUACAAGUCCCCACCACCCCCAUACGUCUACAGCUCCCCACCCCCACCAUACUACUCUCCUUCUCCAAAGGUUGACUACAAGCCUCCACCACCACCAUACGUCUACAGCUCCCCACCACCACCAUACUACAGUCCAUCUCCAAAGGUUGACUACAAGUCCCCACCACCCCCAUACGUCUACAGCUUCCCACCCCCACCAUACUACAGUCCAUCUCCAAAGGUUGACUACAAGUCUCCACCACCCCCAUACGUCUACAGCUCUCCACCCCCACCAUACUACUCUCCUUCACCAAAGGUUAACUAUAAGUCUCCACCACCACCAUACGUCUACAGUUCUCCACCACCACCGUACUACUCUCCUUCUCCAAAAGUUGAAUACAAGUCCCCACCACCCCCAUACAUCUAUAGUUCCCCACCUCCACCAUACUACGCUCCUUCACCAAAGGUUGACUACAAGUCUCCACCACCACCAUACGUCUAUAGCUCCCCACCCCCACCAUAUUACUCUCCUUCUCCAAAAGUUGACUAUAAGUCUCCACCUCCACCAUACGUCUAUAGCUCACCACCACCACCAUACUACUCUCCUUCUCCAAAGGUUAACUACAAGUCCCCACCACCACCAUAUGUCUACAGCUCCCCACCUCCACCGUACUACUCCCCUUCUCCUAAGGUCGACUACAAAUCUUCCCCACCACAAUAUGUCUACAGCUCACCACCCACACCAUACUACUCUCCUUCUCCUAAAGUCACUUACAAGUCUCCCCCACCACCAUAUGUUUACUAGAUGCCAUACUAUCGAAUUUGAAUUGUUUCAUUAACAGGAAACAUGAUCGUAAUAUUUUCAUUUUAUGAUUUUUUUUCAUUUGAUUCUUCUGGUUUUGUUCUUUUGUUCAACUAUCUUCUUAUGUUUUCUUAAUUAAUAAAUUUUGUCGACCUUUAUAAAUGUAUUUCUUAGUUGAUAUUUGUUUGAAUUUGUUCGAGUUUUUUUAUUAUAUGUUUUGCUAUCA